AUGAUCUCCUCCACUUCCAUGAUUUCGAAUUACGUACCGCUAGAGCUAAUCAACAGUAUACUAUCCAGAUUACCAGUGAAGGCUCUUACACGUUUUCUCCGUGUUUCUAAGGAAUGGUCCGCCUUAAUCAACAGCUCAAAUUUCAUCAAGAAGCACCUCAAUCACUCCAUCGAGACCAACAGCAACCGCACCCUGAUUCUCAAGGAAAAUUCGUGUAUCCGCCAUCACAAUCAAGUUGGUUCUCCGCUCCUUACUCCGACAAUGACCAGUUCGGCAAGUCAGCCCAAAUUUACCAGCCUCUACAUAAUUGGGAAAUCUUGGACUGUUGCCACGGCUUCGAAGUUGCCCAGCGAACCAAUAGACAAACCUUCUAGUUUAUUGUAUUAUUUGUGUUCCGGUUUUGGAUUUGGAUAUGAUCCUCGUAACGACGAUUAUAAAGUGAUGAGAAUUGCACAAUUUUUUGAGGGAGUUUUAAGGGAGUUCUUUGAAGUGAAGGUAUAUCAUCUGAAAUCACAGUGUUGGAAAAAAAUUGAAAAACAUUUUCCAAUCAAGGAGAUAUGUUCAGCGUAG